UAACACAAAAGAAUUCGUUAGUAGCCGUGCCGUGAUGGUAGUACCGGCGAAGUGGUACUCAGGGGUUACAGGUUAACAUAACAAGCUAUAGCUGCAAGACUAUUGAAACAUAAAGUCGAGCCUCACAGGUUAUUCGUCAUGUCUUUGACUCAAGUCAGCCGGCUUUUGCCUAUGAGGAACCCAAUCAUAAUGACUGUGAGAACCAGGACAAGAGCUCCUAACAUUAAAAGGCCAGCAGUGCCCCACUUCACACGUGCUGUGGUCCUUGAACUAACAAAACCCAUCCACAAGAAGAAAGAUGAAGGUGUCCAUCCAAGGGAAAAUUGUAUGAGGAAGCUGAGAGCUAUUGAGGGAGAGAUGAAACAGGUCAACCCUUAUGAACAAAUCUUAGCCAAUGAAUUCCGCGAGAAAAUAGAAAAUGCAAAGCUUGUCGCAAUAUUUCACAUGCUUCCUACAUCAGAAGCCGGAUUAUUUGCAGCCCGGUUGCAGCUCAUCAAGAUGAAUAUGAAAUACAUAAAACAUAAUAAUACGAUUAUGAGACUUGCUUUCAUGGGUACUAAAUAUGAGGCGCUCUUAAGCCUGUAUAAGUCCACCACUUGUACUUUUGUUGGUGAUGAGAUUGCUGUGGCUAAGUUGCUGAAGAUCCAGAAAAAGAUAAGUUCUUUAGUAUUGCUUGGUGGUAUUGUGGAAGGAAGAUUCAUGAGUGUCCAGGACCUGCAGCGCUAUGCCAACUUGCCAUCCCUACACACUCUCCAGGCACAGCUUGUCAGCAUCCUUGGCACCCCAGCACAGCAACUCUCUCAAAAUCUCUCUGCAAAUCAGGUGGAGCUGUCUUCUGCCCUGUCUCGUUAUGCUGAUGACACAAAGCCUGAGGAUGACUCCAAGGCAUUGCCCAGCUCAUAGUUGGGAAGGUGAUGUCUAUAACUUAGAAUUGUACAGAAGGAAUUACGUGUAAUAUAAUGUAAGAUUUUGUUACAUAUAUUAAAUUAGAAAUUCAUCGACA